UUGUAUGCUACUCCUUGAAAUGUCAGCACCCUCGUUGUCUCUGCCGUAUUGAGCAGGCUGUUACUAGUUACCACAGCCACAAAGUCAAAGCUAUGGCUAAACCUCGCCUAUUUCCAAAACGUUUCUUCUAAAAAAUCUGAUGUUAAACCUAACCUUAACCACACUGCUAUCCUUGUGCCUAACCACAACCUUAUGUUAAGACCAAAAAGCUUUUUUCCCCCCAUACAUUUUUAUGAUAUCCAUUUUUACUUUGUGGCUUCGAUAACUAGUGUCAACCGACCCGAGCGCCCGGUUCUGAACUUCAACAACGGUGAGAGGUCUGCUGAAGUUAAAACUGCACGGGGAACGAAGAGGCGCCCGCUUUCAUCACCUAGUUUUUUCUCAUUCUUGGAACGAUGGAGUUGAAUCCAAAGAGGACUGUUUUGACGUUGCUUUUGAUCCAAUGUUGGAGCAUCCCCCGGUCCCUAUCCUUUAAUGUGGGGACGGCAGGAGCCAAGGUAUUCUCUGGACCUGCACUCGAGGAGUUUGGAUACACCGUGAAACAGUUCAGAAAUCACCAGGGAAAAUGGUUGCUGGUUGGUUCUCCCUGGAGUGGAUACAACCAGGACAGGAAAGGAGACAUCUACAAGUGUGAGAUCAGAGGGUCCAGUUCAGGCUGCCAGAGACUCAACCUGCAGAACUCAGUCAGCAUGUCAACAGUGAAGAACAUCAAUGUCAACAUGAGUCUGGGGCUAACCCUCACCCACACAGCUACAGAAGAUAAGUUCAUGACAUGUGGACCCCUGUGGGCUCAGAAGUGUGGCAGCCAGUAUUAUUACCCAGGGAUCUGUGCAGAAGUGAACCCUCUCUUCAACCCCCUGUCUUCGUUCUCACCCGCCCUUCAAACUUGUGGGGGUCCAAUGGAUAUUGCUAUUAUUGUGGAUGGAUCCAACAGUAUAUAUCCCUGGCCACCCAUUGUGGCUUUCCUCAAGAAACUGUUGGAGAAUUUAGAUAUUGGACCAGAUAAUACUCAGGCAAGUAUUAUACAGUACGGGGUUGAGCCAGUCGUUGAAUUCCAUCUGAACGCCUACAAAACCAAAGACUCGAUCAUUGCGGCUGCAGCCAACAUUCUACAGAGGGAAGGCCUGGAGACAAACACCUUCCGCGCCAUUGAAUUUGCUCGACAGAACGCGUUCCUGCCCGGGAACGGAGCUCGACCCGGAGCCAGCAAAGUGAUGGUGGUGGUGACGGACGGAGAGUCUCACGACAAGAACCUCCGAGACGACGUCAUCAGGAAGUGUGAGAGUGAGAAGAUCACCCGCUUUGGUAUUGCUGUCCUUGGGUAUUACAUAAGAAAUGACAUUGACACUAAGAACCUGAUUGCGGAGAUCAAGUCCAUCGCCAGCACCCCGACAGAUAGGUAUUUCUUCAACGUAUCAGCUGAGGAGGCUCUGCUCGAGAUCGCUGGAUCUCUGGGAGACCGCAUCUUCAACAUUGAGGGUACUGGGAAAGGUGGUGACUUUCAGAUGGAGAUGUCCCAAGUGGGAUUCAGUGCCCACCAAACCAAGAAGCAGAACAUGAUUAUGCUGGGUGCAGUGGGGGCCUAUGGCUGGAGUGGUACUGUGGUUCACUACACCACCCAGAAAUCGGACAUCUUCCCCAAGACGGCCUUUGAGAGAAUUCUAGAGGACAGAAACCACAGCUCACUAUUAGGUAAGUGAGCUUGCAAUCAUCUACGAGUCAAUAUUGUCUCCUUUAUCUUCUAUGUGGCUCGGUCCAACCACACUGGACAGGUCAUAGUGUACAUCAUCAACGGCAAGGGACAACCCACCGUCAUCGACUCCCAGAGGGGAGACCAGAUUGGCUCCUACUACGGCAGCGUACUCUGUCCUCUGGAUGUGGAUAAAGAUGGUGUGUCUGAUCUACUACUGGUUGGAGCUCCCAUGUUCAUGAACGAACAGCAGAAGGAGAUUGGGAAAGUCCAUCUCCUCUCCUUCACAAAGGGCAUCCUAAGUGUUCAGGGGUUCCUGAAGGGUCCGUCCCCAGUGGAGAACGCUCGUUUUGGGAUGUCUGUCUCAGCGGUGCCUGACCUCAACAUGGAUGGCUACAGUGAUGUGGUGGUGGGAGCCCCACUGGAAGACAACAAUAAAGGUGUAAUCUAUGUCUUCAACGGGGACAAGAAGAGACUCAGGACACAGUAUUCCCAGAAAAUCCUGGGCUCCAAGCUGGACCCUGCGUUGCAGUACUUCGGGAGGUCCAUGGACGCCAGCUCCGACUUAAACGAUGACACCAUACCAGAUGUCUCAGUGGGGGCUUAUGGAAUGGUGGUCCAGCUCUGGUCUCGGGGUAUGGCCGUGGUGACAGCGAGGGCAACCUUCAACCCUGACACGGUCAGCAUCCUGAGUAAGACGUGCAGGGUCAGUGGGAGGCUGGUGUCCUGCUUCAACACCUCAGUCUGUUUCAGCGCCACCUUCAGGCCCAAGAUACCUGUAGGACCUGUGGCUAUCAGGUUCAACCUGACCCUAGAUGCUGAGCUCCAGUCGUCUCGUGUCACCUCCAGAGGUCAGUUCAGGAACUCAGAGAGAGUCCUGCAGAAAGACAUCCGGGUUUCCACCAGGGAGGUCUGUGAGACACUAGAGGUCUUUGUCCAGGAGGCCCCUGACUUUGUGAGCUCAAUCGGUCUGCGUGUGGACAUCACUCUGCAGGACCCAGACUCCAGUCCUGUUCUGGAUGUUCUCAGUCCCACUGCCUGGGAGUUCUUUAUCCCAUUCUCCAAAGACUGUGGCUCUGACGAUGUGUGUUUGAGUGACCUGCUCUUGAAGUUGAAGAAAGGAGAGAUGAUUCCCAGCUCGUCUAGGAUGCUGGUCAGCUUUAAGGACAAGAGGCUCUCCUUCACUGUGUCUGUGACCAACAAGAAGGAGAAUGCGUACAACACCCAAGUCACGGCCACGUACUCCAAAAACCUCUUCUUCGCAUCCAUCAGUCCUCCAAGUGAUGGAACAGAGGUAAAGUGCACCUCCACCAAGGAGUCUCUUACCCUCUCAUGCCAGGUGGGGUACCCAGCUUUAAGGCAGAACCAAGAGGUGACAUUUGGAAUCAACUUUGACUUCAACCUGAAUCAACUGCAGACCGAAGCCGACGUGAGCUUUGAAGCUCUAAGUGACAGCACAGAGGCGAACCCGUCAGACAACCAAGCCUCUAUCUCCGUCCCUGUCCACUAUGACUCAGAGAUCUCCCUCUCCAGGGAAGCCAAUCUCAACUUCUAUGUGGUUGACAUGGACAAUGAAGCGAAGACCGCAGUUAAUACCUUCAAUGACAUCGGUCCUGAGUUCAAAUUCUCUCUGAAGGUCUCUACAGGGAACUUCCCAGUCAGUCUGGCCUACCUCACAGUCUCACUGCCCAGUGCUACAGCAAGAGGGAACCCAUUGCUGUAUGUGACAGGAGUCAAAACAGAACCUGCUGGCGAAGUGAGCUGUGAAGUAACCAGCCUCGUCAACCCUCUGAAGAUCAGUGAGAAGCCUUACACAGCAUCCUUCUCCAAGGAGAACCUAAUGGGCACAGAGGAUCUGAACUGUAAGACAGCCAAGUGCCAGCCUAUGAAGUGUGUCCUGAAAGACAUGGGGAUAAAGAGCGAUUUCUUCGUGAACGUGACCACGCGGAUAUGGAACGGUACCUUUGCUGCUUCAUCCUUCCAGUCCACUGUGCUGACUGUGAGCACAGAGAUAGAGACCUCCGAGCCUGAACUGCUGGUCGUCUCUCACAAGCACCUGACGGUUGGCGUCACCAUCAGUAAACCAGGGGUGAAAGGAGAGGUGCCUGUAGGCGUUAUUGCGGGCAGUGUGAUUGGAGGCCUGCUUCUAUUGGCUCUGGUCAUUGGCCUGCUUUGGAAGUUUGGCUUCUUCCGGAGAAAGUACAAGCAGCUGAUGCAGAACACUGAGGAGGAUGAUGCAGAGACCGAGGGACUGGAGAACACAGCAGAGUGAGAACCAGGCACGGGAAAGAACCCAUCUCGGAAACGACAAUGUGCCUACAGACUGAGAACACAUAAUGACCAACGGACCACAACCACACAUAAACAGUAACUGAACAAACAUGAGUUGUACAUACAUAUUGAGCCAAGGGCUUGUUAGUGGAAAGGGGCUGUCUGGUUGGGUUGGUGGCUUUAAAAUGGUUUGGGUGGUGAAGUGAAUGGAGUGUUUUGAGUGAGCAGAAAGACAUUGGCCCUCUGACCAUCAAACACAUCCAUACAAAGACCCCAUUAUGUCUGCCAUCUUGGAUCCUCUAUAGGAAAGUAAAUAAUCUACGGUGCAUUUUUUACUCAAUGAAUUCAUACUUGGGUACUUAUUUUUGUUCAAAUAAUUGUUGCUUUUAAGUCAUAGGCCUAUUGUUGGAUAAGAAGCUUGUGUAUAGUGCAUUUGUCAUCUCUCUGGAUGUUACUGUGCAAUUUACUGUGCAAUUGGUUGGAAAGCACAGAAGUAUAUUAUAAAUAUCCUUUCAAAUGGUUCUGGAAAAUAGCCUACGCAUAAGAGAUUGUAGACAGUCGGCAUGGUUAUCAUAUGUUGGCAUUUGUCAUGCUCAGCGUUUCCCUUUGCAAUGGGAGGGGUUUGACAUUCCCUUGAUGCUGAGGCAUCCUUUUUUUUUUUUUUUUUGAAAUGUGUGUGCCUAAUAGCAACAUUUGAACAGAAUCCACAACCCUUCUUUCCUACUUUCACUGGUGCACUUCCUGUCUCUGAGUGUCUCAGUCGCGGUGUUCCUGAGACAACACUGUAUAGUUACUACCAGCCGUACAACUGUGAAGACACCGGCUUUAGAAAAUACACUGUAUUCAGAUCAGAUGACUAUAAAAAUGGAUGGAUUUACUAUUUGUAAAAUGUUGCUAUAUCAGAGUAAAAGGCCGUUUUUGAAUGUGUAGAAAAUGAGAAUAUUUAUUGUGUGACUUAAAUCUGAAAUAUGUAUCAUUCAGAUACAUUAUCAUCCAUUUAAAAAGUGUUUUACUUAUUCCCUGCACAGCGAAAGUAGAAAUAAAAUAUUGGAAGCGUG